AUGACCUUCGGCCUCCAAGCUGCGCUGUUGUUGGGGGUUCAGCUGGUUCUCUCGCCGGCUGCCCCCGCAAUCCCAAACAGCUUCUUCUACCACGACUACCUCCAUGGACACAAAGCGAUUCCUUUCAGCGCCGUGAAGCUCCAGGUGGAUUCUGCUCAGCCGACGGUGUUUUCGGUCAGGGGGGGUAACGCCACCGUGCCCUGCAGGUUUUGGCACGAGCCCGAGGUGAGCUCUCCCCGGGGGAUUCGGGUCAAGUGGUCCUGGCGGCCUGCUGCUGACGGGGGACGCGAGAGAGACGUGCUGGUCGCCGUCGGCUCCUGCAGUCGCGGUUUUGGGGCCUUCAGGGGCCGCGUGCAGCUCAGACGGGGUUUCCCGGGAGACGCAGCGCUCCUGAUGACUGACCUCCUGUUGAACAACACGGGAAGUUACCGCUGCGAGGUGGUGGACGGGCUGGAGGACAAGAGCACCUCCGUUUAUCUGGAGUUACGAGGGGUGGUGUUUCCCUACCAGCACCCUGGUGGUCACUACCACCUCAGCUUCCUCGGGGCCCGGCAGGCCUGUGAGGAGCAGGACUCCACGCUGGCCACCUUCCCACAGCUCCUCCGGUCCUGGAAGGAAGGCCUGAACUGGUGCAACGCCGGCUGGCUGGCCGACGGGACGGUGCAGUACCCAAUCACCCGGCCCAGGGCGCCCUGCGGCGGGCAGGGCCUCGCCCCGGGCGUGCGGAGCUACGGCAGACGGCACCUGCACCUUCAUCGUUUCGAUGUCUUCUGCUUCUCCUCUUCACUCCGAGGGAAAGUCUACUAUCUCCAGUCCUCCCACAAGAUGAACCUGACUGACGCUCAGCAGGCGUGUCAGGAGGACGGAGCGCAGCUCGCCAAAGUGGGGCAGCUCUACGCCGCCUGGAAACUGAGCGGGUUGGACCACUGUGACGCCGGCUGGCUGGCCGACGGAAGCGUUCGGUACCCCAUCAGCAGCCCACGAAGAAACUGUGGCCCCCCUGAGCCCGGGGUGCACAGCUUUGGCUUCCCGCCUCCUCAGCACAGGCACGGGGUCUACUGCUACAAGUCAGGUGACCAUUGAAAAGGUCCACCUUAGCCGUGGGGCCAGAGGUGUAAAGUUGGCACAGGUUUCUUUAAACAUGUCACCAAUCAUAGAAUACCAAGAAAGAUCUGAGGGGUCUUGAGGUGUUUCAUAGAAGAAGAAAGCCACAAUAAAAAAGGAUUUUAUUUGUAUGAGAAACAAAAAUAUAUUUAACUUUUCAGACUUUUCUCUCUUCAUUUCUUUUGAUGUACUGAAUCAUUUUUCAUUCUGAAGCCUCAAUAAGUAAUAAAAAUGAAGAAAAGAAACUCAUUUUUUGCUGGAUCUUUGUACAGUCGGGUCACAAGUAGAUGUAGCUUCCAUGUGUUUUGUUACCAGGAAAUACAAGCCAUUAGUUAA